GUCUGGUGCCCACAGAGUCGUAUACGUUCCCUCCGCGACAGAAUACGGACCGGCCUGUUCGCAGGAAUGUUUCGCCCGGAUGGCCUCAACCUGCGGAAGACGACGGGAGCACCAGUGGAUCCCCUGCUCCGCCUUCUUUCGACAGUCGGCGCUUGUCUCUCUCUGCAAGUCGCCUGGAUCCCUUGCCCGGAAAGGGCGUCAAUUCACCGCCCCUUGGCAAGGAGACGAAAGACAUGGACGCCGGGGCCUGUGCUGAGGCACCCGAAGACUGAUGCGAUAUGAAUGACUGACUGUUGAUCUUGGAUGGACACAAAAACUUUCGUUGCAUUUCUACACUUUCGGGCACGGACAAUACGGUGUCGCACCAUCCACUCCUUCUUGAUUUCUUCUCCCAUGUCGUUUAUUGGAUUAUUGUUUGUGUACUAUAGUGCUCUGUGUAUCAAGGAAAUACGGAAGGAGGUUUGACCCAGGCUUCCAC